GAGAAGCCCCCGGGAGGGCUGUGCACAGAGCAGAGCACGAUGCCCUUCCUGCAUGGCUUCCGCAGAAUCAUCUUUGAGUACCAACCCAUGGUGGAUGAGCUCCUGGGGCUGAUGGUGAUACCGGACACAGAAAGGCAGAGCACCCUGGAGAGCCCUGCCUGUCUGGGCAGUGACAGGGGCCAACUUUCAGCUGUGAGACAAGUCCUGGAGAGAGAGACCCAUUCCCCGUUUUAUCAGGAAGGUGUGAGCUAUGCCCUGCUGAAGGUCACUGAGCUGGGGCUUGUCCCUGCUGCAGAAAUCCUUCUGGAAUUUGGUGCUGACCUCAGCUUUGAAGAUCCAGUCACCUACUACACCCCACUGCACAUCGCAGUGCUCCGCAACCAGCCGGACAUGGUGGAGCUCCUGGUGCACCACGGGGCCGAUAUCAACCGGAGAGACCGGAUCCAUGAGAGCAGUCCCCUGGAUCUGGCCAGCGAGGAGCCCGAGCGGUUGCCGUGCCUCCAGCGGCUGCUGCAGCUGGGGGCUGAUGUCAAUGCAGCUGACAAAAAUGGUAAGACAGCAUUGCUGCAUGCCCUCGCCAGCAGCGAUGGUGUCCAGAUCCACAACGCUGAGAGCAUCCGUCUCCUGCUGGAGGGAGGUGCAGACGUCAGGGCAACCACCAAGGAUGGUGACACUGUCUUCACCUACAUCAUCUUCCUGCUGGAAGCGAUGGUGUGCAGCAACACUGAGGAGGCACAGAUGAUCAACCGCUUCUGCUUUCGUGUCACACAGCUGCUGCUGGCCCAUGGUGCCAACCCCAGUGAGUGCCCAGCCCCUGAGUCCCUCACCCACCUCUGCUUCAAAAGCUUCCAGUGCCACUUCCCACUGCUGCGGUUCUUGCUGGAGUCAGGUGCUGCCUACAACUGCUCCCUCCAUGGCCCCUCGUGCUGGUCAGGCUUCCACAUCGUCUUUGAGUGCCUCUGCUCGCACCUCAGUGUCUCUGAAGAUGACAGCUUCUCCACAGACCUCAUCCAGAAGGGCCAGACUCUGCUGGAGCUCAUGAUGGCCAGUUCACAAGCUGUCCAGCUGCCCAGCAAUUUUGAGGUCAACACCAGCAGCUGUAGGUACCACGGGGAGAAGGUCAGGACUCUCUUCUGCUCACUGAAGCAGCUGGAGCGCUCACCACAGGCACUGAAACACCUCUGCAGGGUGUUUAUCCGGCAGCACCUUAAACCAUGGCCAGUAGAUGUCAAAAUCAAGGCUCUACCUCUCCCAGACAGGCUGAAGUGGUACCUCCUCAUCGACCACACUGCUGCCGGGCACGAGGACCUCUGA